AUGCUUGACCCCUUGGUCCUGGAAGCACCCCCUCCCCGUGUUGGUGCCGACUACAAAUUCUUUCCAAAUGUUGGAUACUAUAAGCUGCACACUGAGAAAAUGAACUGGGAAAAUGCUCGGAGAACAUGCGCAAAGGAAGGUGCGCACCUCGCCAUCGUGAACUCUGAGGCGGAAGAAAAUGCUAUACGCGAAGUAAUGAGAGCUCACUCGUCAGAUAACUUCGCUGCUUUCAUCGGUUUCCACGAUAUUUUCAAGGAAGGGGAAUACGUCACUGUCUUGGGUGAACCUCUGAAAUCGAGUGGCCGCGUAAGGUGGGCAAAGGGGGAGCCCAAUAACGGGAUGUUCCCCGGUUCUCCGGAAGGCGAGGACUGCGGGAAUAUUUACGCGGACGGAACCAUCAACGACUGCAGGUGCACCCUGGAGAUACCAUUUGUGUGCGAACAGAGUCUCUAAUGCUUGUCGGGGCUGACUCUUUUGUAUCCUGCAGUUAGCUGUGAAUUGCUGAAACUUCAACACCUGCGCUUGGUUGCAAAUUAUGGAAGAAACAAACUGCGCAUCAGCUUCUUCUGCCAAUAGGAAGAUGUUACAAAGCAAAACAUAAAAUAAAAAUCAUUUCUUCUUCUGUUAGCGCUGAUUAUUCGUACAAGGAGCCAAUGAGAAUGUUCCUAAGAGCUGCAUUUAUUAUACUGCCAUUUGUAUCAAAAUUUUUCACGUUUAAAUUAACGCUAGAGUGUAUUUACCUUCCGUGCGAAAUGAAAAUU